AUGGCUCCCAUCACUGAAGAGUCCGUCUCCGGUCUGAAGGACACUAUCCACCAGCUGGAGGCAAAGGUAUCCGAGCUUGAGAGUCGUCUCGCCAAUGGCGGCAAGCCCAAGUCCGUCGCCGAGCAGAUGCGCAUGAUCCUGAUGGGCCCUCCUGGUGCAGGCAAGGGUACUCAAGCCCCGAACCUUAAGGAAAAGUACUGCGCGUGCCACCUGGCCACCGGAGAUAUGCUGCGUUCCCAGGUCGCGAAGAAGACCGACCUUGGAAAGGAAGCCAAGAAGAUCAUGGACCAGGGUGGUCUCGUCAGCGACGAGAUCAUGAUCAACAUGAUCAAGAGCGAGCUGGACAACAACGCCGAGUGCAAGAACGGUUUCAUUCUGGAUGGUUUCCCCCGGACGGUUGCGCAGGCCGAACGCCUCGAUGACAUGCUCGUCGCCCGUGACCAGAAGCUUCAGCACGCCGUUGAGCUGCAGAUUGACGACUCCCUGCUGGUGGCUCGUAUCACCGGCCGCCUGGUCCACCCUGCCUCUGGCCGCUCGUACCACAAGAUCUUCAACCCGCCCAAGGAGGACAUGAAGGACGACAUCUCCGGAGAGCCGCUUAUCCAGCGUUCCGAUGACAAUGCCGACACCCUCACCAAGCGUCUGGCUACCUACCACGCCCAGACCACCCCCGUUGUCGAGUACUACAAGAAGACCGGUAUCUGGCGCGGCAUUGAUGCCAGCCAGGAGCCUGGCCAGGUCUGGAAGAGCAUUCUUGGAGUCUUCCGCCAGUAA